AUGACAGAUAAAAAAACACAUCUAUUGAAUAUAUUGGAAACAAACAUCGAUAUUUCACUUCUUGAUUAUGUUCAAAAAUUAAUUAUAUUGCCAGAAUUAACAGAUGAAAUGUGGACAAAUGAUCUAUUAACUAUUCUAGAAAAUUAUCUUUCAUCGAAUCAACAACGUGUUCUUAUUGCUUAUGUCGAUCGGCAUACUUCAUCUUUACAACUUCUUCAUUCGAUCCCAUUUACUGCUAAUUCAAUUAACAUAAUUUAUAAUUUAUGUUAUUUUAUUCGUAAAAGUGAUUCAUCAGAAUGUAUUAUAUCAAUUGAUGAAUUUCUUAAACAGAUUCAAUUUGGAUGUAUUAAUGGAAAAUCAAUUCCAUGUUUAACAGCACUUGUAUCAACACUAUUUGGACCCUUAUUUAUGGAUGAUACAACAGUACAGGAUAUGAUUAAAAAUGAUUUUGCUAGUGAACUUAAUCAAUUUUUAGCAACAUUCUAUGAAAUACAAUAUAAAAACAUGUUAUCUAUGACAUAUUUAUUUAUUCCAAAAGAUGGUGUUGAUAAAACAAUUGAAGAACUUAUUAAAGAUAAAGCACUUGUUACAAGAUUUGAAAGUAUUAUGCUCAAAUGGCAUCAUCAAUUGAAAGAAGUACUUCUCAUUCAAGAUCGUUUAAUGAGUAUAAAUGAGCAAUCAAUUGGUAUUCAUGAAGAAAUAAAUUUUUGGCAAGAAUGUCUUACAGAUCUUCAUUAUAUUCGUAAACAAUUACAAAGAACUGAAUUACAAAAUAUAAUUCAAGUAUUAAUCUUGUCCAAAUCUGCUUAUAUACAACAAUUUUUACAAGCUGAAAAUGAAGUUCAAGAAUUUAUCGAAUAUGUAGAAGAUUGUUUAAAAUUUUUAAAAAUUUUGGCUGAACCUUCUUUUCAACUCAAUGAUAUAUCACUAGAAAAAUUAAAAUCAGUUAUUAUCGAUAUUUUCUAUAGAAUUUUAAUUACAUGGCAUCAUUCAAAAUUCUUUGCAACUUCUGAAAGGAUUAAAUUAGUUAUUAGCAAGAUAAACAAUCAAAUCAUUGGUCGAUGUUCUCGCUCAAUUAGUAUAAAACGUCUUUUUCAAGGCUAUGUUCUUUCAACACAAAAUAUUCUUCAAGAAUGUUUUCAAAUUAUUGAUCUUUAUAUGGAAACAUGUUUACAUAUCUUAACAUUGCAUGACAAAUAUUCGAAUAAACCAUUAAUGACAAAUAAUUUUCAAAAAGAUGUUCUUUUUUAUUCGAUUCAAUUAUUUCGACAACGUUUGAAUGAAAUCGAUGAAAUAUGUGAAUGUAUGAAACUUUUUGGAUGGUAUCGAGAUAAUAAAAAAGAAAGUUUACCACUUUUUGGUGGUAUUCAAGGUGAUGAAUAUCAACAUACACUCGAAAAAAGUCAACAAGCAUUUGAUCGAGCAUUACUUUUAUUAAAACAUUAUUCGAAAUAUAUGCUUGAUAUUUCUUCUCAUGCUCAUUCCAUAUGGUCUCAAGAGUUGAAACGAUUUUUGGAAUCUGUUCAUGAAAUUGAAUUAGUUAUUGUUAAAUUAAUCAAUGAAGCCAUGAUAAAAGCAGUAACUAUAGAACAAAUAAUUGAUAUUCUAGAAAUAUUUGUUAAUUUUCAAUCACGAACUACUAUCAAUCAUAUUCUUAUUGAUAAAACUCGUGAUGUUUAUCGUCUAUUUCUAUCUCAAAUUGAUGAUAUUCGUACCCAAAUAGCUUCUUAUCAAACAUUAGAUGAUAUAAAAAAUGUUAAAAAUUUUUUCGAUCUAUUCCUUCCACAUUAUUCAGCUAAAGCUAUGUGGGUUCAUAAUUUAAUUGAACGUAUUAGAAAAAAUUAUCAUCUUCUUAAUGAAUCAUCAAAUUUACCAUAUGUCGUACAAAAAAAUGAAAUAAAAUUAGCUUAUGAAAAAUUAUUAAUAUUUGCUGAUAAUAUACAAAAACGUAUCUAUCAAGAAUGGUGGACAAUAUCAAGUGAAUUACAACCAAAAAAAUUAUUAUUACAACCAUUUUUAAAAGAAAAUAAUGAAAAAAAAUAUUUAAUUAUUGUUUAUUUUGAUCCACAAAUAAUUAUUGCAUUAAAUGAAAGUUUAUGGUGGAUUAGAUUAAAUUAUGAAAUACCUUAUUCAUUAACUGAUGUUUAUAAUACAAGAAAAUCAUUUCGACAAAUGAGAGAAGAAACAAAUGGAUUUAUUCGAAAAUUUAAUAAAGUAAUUGAUUCUCUUUAUGAUCAAGAAUUAUAUUUAUUUGAAGAACGUAUUCGAAUGAUUUUAAAAAAAUUACAACCUGGUUUUCUUGGUAAAGUAAAUUAUAUUGAUGAAAAUACAUUUCAUGAUUUUGCUCUUGAAGCAAAUCGUAUUAUUGAUCAGUUAAUUGAUAUGGUUACAUCAUUCAAAGAAAAUUAUGCUAAAUGUUGUGCUAAAUGUGUUCAUAUUAGUCAACAAUUAUUUAUUAAAAUUGAUUCUGAUAUUAUUUUUAAUUAUACGACAUUUACUGAAUUACUUAAAUCGGUUAAUCGUGUAAGUCAAUAUCUUAUUCAUGAAAUGUAUGAAGAAAUUGCAGUUGAAAUUCAUACCCAACAGAUGAUAUUCAAAGAUGAUCCGGAUAAAAUUCUUCAAUGUUGGGAUCAUUGGUUAAGUUCAAUUGAUUGUAUGUUUGAGAAAGCUCUUCUCAUUAAUAUAACCAAUUCUCUCGAACAGUUAUCCUAUAUAAUCAAUGGUGAUAUUCAAACAAAACCAACACCAUUUCUUAAUAUUGAACUUUGUUUAAAUACAAUCGAAACAACAACAACUGGAAAUAUUAAAUACGUAUUGGAUUUUCGACCAUCUCUUGAACAAUUAUCUGAAACUUUAAAUUCAAUUAGUAAAAUUCAAUUAAUUGAAUCAAUUAAAAAUUUCGUACGCCUAUGUGAUCUUUUUUCUUAUCAUCCAUUUCACAGAGAACCUUAUUAUAUUGUAAUUGAUAAUUAUCCAUUAAAACAAAAAUUAGAAAAUAAAAUUGCUUUAGGUAUAACUAAUUGUAUAUCAGAAAUUAAAAAAUAUAUUGAAAAUAAUUGGUUUCAUUUUCGUCAAUUAUGGGAAGUUGAUAAAGAAAGUUUUAUAGCUGUUUAUGAAUCUGAAAAUACUGAUUUACAAGGUUUAGAAGCGGAUAUAGCUCGUUAUACAGAAUUAGCUAAUAAUAUAAAUAAUCAAGAAUCAAUUGUUAAUAUACAUAUGAUACAAAUUGAUUGUACAUCAUUUAAAGUAUCAUUAGUACAAAUUUGUCAUAAAUGGCAACAAAGUUUAAUACAUAUUGUAUUAAUUCGAUUAGAAAAAGAUCUUCAAAUGAUAUUAACAUUAAUUAAAAAUAAUACAGAAAAAAUAAAUAUUCUUCCAAAAAUUUAUGAUGAAAUUCCAAUCUAUCAAGAAUUUAUCGAUGAACUUAAAGCAGAUGUAUUAAGAAUUGAAGCUAAAUUACCUUUAAUUAAUGAAGAAGUUGCUUUAUUACUUCGAUAUGAAAUUGAAAUCGAUCCUAAACUUUUAGAUCAACAUCGUUUAUUAUCUCGUCAUUGGGACAAUUAUAAAACAUUUCUUGAUGAAUCAAUAGCUUCAUUUAAACGUGUUAAAGAAGCUUUUAAAAUUCAAUUACAAAAAGAACAAGAAAAAAAUCUCAAUGAAAUAUUUGAAUUACAAAAAUAUUUUAAAAUUACUGGUCCACAUCAAGCCGAUAUGUCUGUAUCAAUUGCUUUAAAUAAAUGUGAACAAAUCGAAGAACAAAUCGAACAAAUGGAAAACGAUGAAAAACGAUUAAAAAUUGCUUAUCGUAUAUUUAAUUUAGAUAUGACUGUUUCGAAAGAUUUACAAAAUUUAAAAAAGGAUAUUGAAAUACUUAAAUCAAUUUGGUUAUUAGCUAAAGAAUAUGAAGAAAUGCUAAAUAAAUGGAAAACAACGGAAUUUUAUCAAUUAAAUAUUAAUGAAUUAAAUGAUUUUGCUCAAAAUCAAUAUAAAAAAUUACUUAAAAUGUCAAGAGAAUAUAAAGAAAAAGAUUGGAUUAUUCUUGAUUCACUUCGUGAUCGUAUUGAUACAUUUCGUCGUAUAUUACCUUUAAUUGAAUCAUUACAUAAUCCACAUAUGCGUUCUCGUCAUUGGGAACAAAUAAAAUAUGAAACAGAAAAGAAUUUUGAAUAUAAAUCAAAUAAAUUUACACUUGAACAAAUUCUUGAUUUACAUUUUGAAGAAAAUAUUCAAUUGAUUACUGAAAUAUCAGAAAAUGCAUCAAAAGAAUAUUCAAUUGAACGAAUGUUAGAAAGAAUUAUUCAAAUAUGGAAUGAUAUGAACUUUGAAACAACAAUACAUAAAUCUAAUGUUUUUAAAAUAAAAGCUCCUGAUGAGAUAAUUCAGUAUGUUGAAGAACAUACAGCUCAAAUAUCAACAAUAAAAGGCACACGUCAUGUAAAACCAUUUCAAAAUGAAGUUGACUAUUGGGAAAAGUCCAUAGCACAAAUAUCAGAAUUAUGUGAUGGUUUAUUUAAUGUUCAGCGACAAUGGUUAUAUAUGGAAGGUAUAUUUACUUCUGAUGAUGUCCAACGACAAUUAUCACAUGAAACAACUGAAUUUAAAUAUAUUAAUAAAAUUUGGCAAGAUGAAAUUAUAGCUAAAAUUCGUGAAAAUUCAAACGCCUUAUAUGUUGCAACAAAAUUAAAUUUAUUUGAUAAAAUACAAAAUUUAUUAAAAUAUUUAGAAAAUAUUCAAAAGAAAAUGGAAGAUUAUCUAGAAACAAAACGUUCAAUAUUUCCACGUUUUUAUUUUAUAUCAAAUGAAGAAUUAGUUGAAAUUCUUAGUCUUUCACGUCAACCUGAUCUUAUUCAAAUACAUUUAAAAAAACUUUUUGAUAAUAUUAAAUCUUUACGUUUAUUAAUUAAAAAAACUAUUCUAGCUAAUGGAAUUCAAUCAAAUGAAGAUGAACAAAUUAAUUUAAUAUCAACAUUAUCUUUAGAAGGUAAUGUUGAAAAUUGGCUGAAAGAUUUAGAAAUUAAAAUGCAAAUUACUGUACGAGAAUAUUUAAAAAAUUCUUUAUCAGCACUUAAAUUACAAUUAAAAAAACGUGAUAAAUGGAUUAAAGAUUGGCCUAGUCAAUGCUGUGUAACUGCUAGUGAAAUUGAAUGGACAUCAGCAACAACAAAAGCUUUAUUAACAUGUCAAGCUGAUGGAAGUUUAAAACCAUUAAAAAAAUUAUUUCAUACUCAAAUCAAAAUUCUUGACCGAUAUUCAAACACGAGUCGUAUAUCACUUGAUAAAAUACUUCGUCUUCGUGUUAUUGGUAUUAUUACUAAAGAAGUACAUGGACGUGAUAUUAUCGAACGAUUAAUUAAAACUCAAACAAUGGAUUUACAAUCAUUUGAAUGGCAAAUGCAAUUAAGAUUUUAUUGGGAACGACAUGAACAUAAUGAAGAUUGUAUUAUUCGACAAACAAUAACAAGAUUUACUUAUAACUACGAAUAUUUAGGUUGUACAAGUCGUUUAGUUAUUUCACCAUUGACUGAUCGAUGUUAUAUAACUCUAACGACUGCUCUACAUUUAUUUCGAGGUGGAAGUUCCAAAGGACCAGCUGGUACUGGCAAAACUGAGACGAUAAAAGAUUUAGGAAAAAAUUUUGCUAUUUAUGUUGUUGUUCAAAAUUGUUCAGAAUCACUUGAUUAUAAAUCCAUGGGAAAAAUGUUUUCAGGUUUUGCUCAGAGUGGUGCUUGGGGAUGUUUUGAUGAAUUUAAUCGUAUUAAUAUCGAAGUAUUAUCAGUUGUUGCUCAACAAAUUCAUUCAAUCUUAACAGCUUUAUCUUUGAGACAAAAACAAUUUGUAUUCGAAGGCAAAGAAAUUCCACUUUUACCUCAAGUUGGUAUUUUUAUAACGAUGAAUCCAGGUUAUGCCGGUCGAACUGAAUUACCUGAUAAUCUUAAAUCAAUGUUUCGACCAGUAUCAAUGAUUGUACCAGAUUCAAUUUAUAUUGCAGAAAAUUUUCUCUUUAGUGAGGGAUUUCAAAAUACAAGAAAUUUAGCUCGUAAAGUUUAUACACUUUAUCAAUUAUCAACACAACAACUUUCUAAACAAGAUCAUUAUGAUUUUGGUUUAAGAUCUUUAACAGCUGUUUUACGAUAUGCUGGUGAAAAAAAACGAAUAAACCUAAAAAUGACAGAUAAUGAAGUUCUUCUUUUAUCUAUGCUUGAUAUGAAUGUACCUAAAAUGACUGCACAAGAUUUACCUUUCUUUAAAAAUAUUGUUGAAGAUUUAUUUCCUGGUAUUGAUAUACCAAAAAUUGAUUAUUCAAAAUUAAUUGAAGCUAUUGAAUAUGAAAUGAAUAUACAUCAUUUACAAAUAACACAAACAUCUAUUGACAAAGUUAUUCAAUUAUAUGAAACACAUCAUUCUCGUCAUUCAGUUAUGCUUGUUGGUAAAACUUUAUCAGGAAAAACGACAACAUGGAAAUUAUUUAAAUAUGCCUUAAUUACAUUAAAUAAACAAGGUUUUAGUGAAUAUAAUAAAGUCAUGGAAUAUCCAAUUAAUCCAAAAGCUGUUAGUUUAGGAGAACUUUAUGGUCAAUUUAAUUUAGCAACAAAUGAAUGGAACGAUGGAAUUCUUAGUAUGAUUAUGAGACAAGUUUGUGCUGAUGAAAAAUCUGAUGAAAAAUUAAUUCUUUUCGAUGCUCCUAUUGAUACAUCAUGGAUUGAAUCAAUGAAUUCGUUAAUGGAUGAUAAUAAAUUAUUAACAUUAGCUAAUGGAGAACGUAUUUCAAUGCCAUCUCAAGUCACAUUAUUAUUUGAAACAGAAGAUUUAUCAACAGCUUCACCAGCAACUGUCUCACGAGCUGGCAUUGUCUAUUGUGAUUAUGAAAAAUUACGAUGGAAACCUUAUUUAGAAUCCUGGUUAAAACAAAAGACAUCUCAGGAUCUUCAAACAGAAUUUUCCAAUUGUAUAACAAAAUAUUUAGAACCUAUAAUGAAAUAUAAACAUAUCCAUUGUAAAGAAUUAAUUCCAAUUCAUGAACUUAAUGGAAUUAUUUCAUUAACUCGAUUAUUUGAUACAUUUUGGUAUUUAAAUGAAAUACAAAUACAAUUAAAUGAAAAUGAAACAAUAUCAGGACGUUUAAUUGAAAUGUGGUUUGUAUUUUGUUUAAUUUGGUCUAUUGCUGCUAGUGUUAAUGAUGAAGGAAGAAAAAAGAUUGAUAUUUUUUUUCGUGAAACUGAAGGUAAAAAUUUUCUUAUGACAAAAGAAAAAACAAUGAAGAAUGAUUUAGGUACAUUUCCUAAUAAGGAUACAGUAUUUGAAUUUUAUGUUGAUACAAAUAAUCGAACAUGGAUACAUUGGGAAGAACAACUUAAAGAAGGAUGGAUUUAUAAUUCUGAAAUUCCAUUUUAUAAAAUGAUUGUACCAACUGUUGAUACAAUUCGUUAUGAAUAUUUAAUUCACAAUUUAUUACUUAAUAAACAUCAAGUUUUACUUGUUGGUGCUAUUGGUACAGGUAAAACAACAAUAGCUGAAAAUGUUCUUAAAAAAAUUGAUUCGACUUUAUUUAAUAUACUCAUUAUUCAUAUGUCUGCUCAAACAACAUCAAAAAUGUUACAAGAUAUAUUUGAAAUAAAUUUAGAAAAACGAACUAAAACUAUAUAUGUUCCGAUGAAUGGAAAAAAGAUGAUUACAUUGAUUGAUGAUAUGAAUAUGCCAAAUAAAGAUACAUAUAGUUCUCAACCAUCGCUUGAAUUAAUUCGAAUGUGGAUCGAUUAUGAAUUUUGGUAUGAUCGAAAAACACAAGGCGUGAAAUUUAUUAAAGAUAUGUGUCUACUGACAGCAAUGGGUCCACCGGGUGGUGGUCGUCACCAGAUAUCACAACGGUUACAAAGUCGAUUUAAUCUCAUCAAUAUGACAUUUCCAUUCGAACAUGAAAUCUGUCGAAUAUUUGGUACAAUGCUUAGUCAAAAACUACAGUCUUUUGAUGAUGAUAUUAAAUAUCUUGAUCAAACAAUAACAAAAGCAACUAUUGAUCUUUAUCAAACAAUUGAAAAAAAAUAUUUACCAACACCAACGAAAAUUCAUUAUACAUUUAAUAUGCGUGAUAUAUCACGUAUGUUUGAAGGUCUUUUAUUAUGUCAUAAAACAAUAAUAACAAAUAAAGUUGAAUUUCUUCGUUUAUGGAUUCAUGAAGCACAUCGAGUUUAUUCUGAUCGAUUUAUGACAAAUAAUGAUCAUGAAUUAUUUAUUAAAAUCUUAAGUGAAAAAUUAGCUUUCUAUUUUGAUCAAGUUUAUCAUAAUGUAUGUCAUAAUCGAGAACCUCCAAUCUAUUCCGAUAUUAUGAGACAAGAUGGUGUUUAUGAGGAAAUUCGUGAUUAUGAUAAAUUAAAAUUAUUUCUUGAACAAACUAUUCAACGAUAUAAUGAAACUCCAUUAAUGUUAUCUAUGGAUUUAGUUAUGUUUCGUGAUGCUAUACUUAAUAUAUGUCGAAUUAUACGUGUAUUACGACGACCACGUGGCAAUUUACUAUUAUUAGGUAUUGGAGGUAGUGGUCGUCAAUCAUUAGUACGUUUAGCAGCAUUUAUUUGUGAUAUUGUUAUGUUUCAAAUUGAAAUUGGACGACGUUAUGGUUAUGGAGAAUUUAAAGAAGAUUUACGCCGUUUAAUGAAAUUAUGUUCUAUAUCAAAUCGUGAAGCUGUUUUUCUAUUUAUUGAUACACAAAUUAUCGAUACUUUCUUUCUUGAAGAUAUCAAUGCAUUAUUACAUACUGGUGAAGUACCAAAUUUAUUUCGUAAUGAAGAUAUUCAAGAGAUUCGUAAUCAACUAUCUUCUACAAUCAAUCAACAAGGUAUACUUGAUACAAAUCUUAAUAUUAUGCAAUUUUUUUACAAUCGAGUCAAAUCUAACUUACACAUAGCUAUUUGUAUGAGUCCAUUUGGUGAAACAUUUAGAAAUUAUAUUCGAAUGUAUCCAGCAUUAGUUAAUUGUACAACUGUGAUUAAUUUUUCUGAAUGGCCACAUGAAGCUUUAAUUGAUGUGGCUCAUUAUUUUUUGACAAAGUCUAAUUUUGGAUUAGAACAUAAGGAAAUAACUCAUCGUACAUUAGCUGAUCUUUGUGCUUUUAUUCAUCUUUCAUCAAAAACUUUAGCAACUCGAAUGAAAGAUGAACUUCGUCGAGAAAUUUAUAUUACACCAACAAAUUAUCUUCAAUUUGUUAGUAAUUAUAGCCGUUUGUUCGAAGGAGAAAAAGUAAAAAUUCAACAUGAAUACAAUCGUCUUCAAAUGGGUAUUAUUAAAGUAGCCGAAACUCGAGAAAAAGUAGCUGAAAUAUCAUUAGAAUUAGAAAAGAAAAAAAUUCUUGUGGCACAAUUACAACGAGAAUGUGAAGAUUUUUUAGAAAAAAUUGUUGAACAAAAAAAUAGUGCUAGUGAACGAGAACGACAAGUACAAGCAUUUGGUGCACGUAUUGGUGAAGAAGAAAUUCGAUGUCAAACUAUAGCAGCAACUGCACAUGAAGAAUUAACUGAAGUUGAACCAUUAUUAAUUAAAGCAAAUGAAGCAUUAGAACAAUUAACGAAACGAGAUAUUGGCGAAGUAAAAGCAUAUGUACAUCCACCAAGUCAAGUAGAAAAAGUGAUGAAAGCAUUGAUGAUUUUAAAGGGCAAAGAAGAUACAUGGGAAGAAGCAAAGAAAGAUUUGGCUAAUAAAUUUCCUAAAGAUGAUAUAACAGAUCGAACACUUCGUCGUAUGCAACCAUUUAUUAAUGAUAUGGAAUUAGUUCCUGAAAAAUUGAAAAGUGUAUCAAGUGCUGCUAGUGCAUUAUGUACUUGGAUACGUGCCAUUGAAUCUUAUGCACGUGUUUAUCGUAUUGUACAACCAAAAAAAGAACGUUAUCAUAAAGCAUUAUUUGAAUUAAAUGAAAAACAAAAUUUAUUAGAACAAUCAAAAAAUGAAUUAUUAAAUAUUCAAAAAAAAAUUGAAAAAUUACGUUUAGAUUAUGAAUUAAAAAUCAAAGAAAAAGAUAUUCUACAACGAAAUGCUGAUGAAACAGCAAUGUUUUUAGAUCGAGCAACAAAAUUAUUAGAUGGUGUUGCUGAAAAACGAACUCUAUGGGAUAUGACAUCAAAUGAAUUAAAAGAAAAUCUUGAUCAUCUUCUAGGAAAUAGUCUUCUUGCUUGUGCAUUUUUAUCAUAUAUGGGUCCAUUUUUGUCGAAUUAUCGAGAUGAAAUUAUACAUCAAAUUUGGGAAAAAGAAUUAAUGCGUAAUGGAAUUCAUUUUAAAACUGAUUUUAAUUUCGCCAAUUUUAUGACAACACCAAGUAUUAUUCGUGAAUGGAAUAUUCAAGGUUUACCACGUGAUAAUUUCUCAACAGAAAAUGCUAUUUUAGCAACACGUACUUUAUCUUAUCCAUUAUUUAUCGAUCCUCAAAGUCAGGCAACAAAAUGGAUAAAACAAAUGGAAAAAUCUAAUGGAUUAAAAAUAAUUGAUUUACAAAUUGGUGAUUAUAUGAAAAUAAUUGAAGAAUGUAUUAAAAUAGGUCGACCAUGUUUAUGUCAAAAUAUACAUGAAGAUAUACCACAAACAUUAAAUCCAAUAUUAAUAAAAUCAAUAAGAAAAAAUCAUGAUAUAAAUUCUAAUUUAAUUCUUCAAUUAGGUGAUAGAGAAAUUGAAUAUAAUCCAUCAUUUCGUUUUUAUUUAUCAACACGUCUUUCUAAUCCACGAUAUAAACCAGAAAUAUAUUCAAAAAUUAAUAUAAUUAACUUUGCUAUAAAAGAACAAGGUUUAGAAGAACAAUUACUUGGUAUUGUUGUACGAAAAGAAAAACCUGAUUUAGAAAAUUCAAAAGAUAAUUGUAUUGUUAAUAUAUCAAAUAAACAUAAAGAAAAAGAAAUUUUAGAAGAAGAAUUUCUUCGUCUUUUAUCUGAAACCGAAGGAAGUUUAUUAGAAAAUUUAAAAGUAUUUCAAGCAUUAGAUUUAUCUAAACAAUCACAAAAAGAUAUUGAUGAAACAUUAAAAAUAAAUGAAGAUUUAGAAAUAAAAAUUGAUUUAACAAGAGAAAAUUAUCGAUUAGUUGCACAACGAGCAGCUAUUCUUUUUUUUGUUUUACAAGAUUUAACAUCAAUUGAUCCAAUGUAUCAAUAUUCACUUGAUGCAUAUAUUCAAUUAUUUAUUUUAUCUAUUGAAAAAAGUCCAAGAUCAUUAAAAUUAAAUGAACGUAUUGAAAAAUUAAAUGAUUAUCAUACUUAUGCUGUAUAUAAAUAUGGAUGUCGAGGCCUUUUUGAACGUCAUAAACUUCUUUUUUCAUUUCAUAUAUGUACUAAACUUAUGGAUGCUGAAAAUCGAAUAAAUCAUGAAGAAUAUCAAUUUUUUAUACGUGCUAAUACAUUAACAAUUGAUCGUGAAACUCAAUUUUCUAAUCCAUUUCCAACAUGGUUAAAUGAAACACGAUGGGAUCAAAUGAGUGAACUUAUUCGUAUACCUGAUUAUCGAUUUUUACGUGAUUCAUUUGAUCAAUUUCCUAAAGAUUGGAAAGAAUGGUACACAUCAGAAGAAGCUGAAAAGGCAUCAUUACCGAGUACUAUUGAUUCUUUAAUAACAGAAUUUGGUCGUAUGCUUAUUAUUCGUUGUUUACGUCCUGAUCGUAUUACACAUUGUGUAUUAAAUUUUGUUACACAUAAUAUUGGAUCAAAAUUUGUUGAACCACCUAUUCUUCAAUUAAAUACUAUUCUUGAAGAAUCUAAUAAACGUUCACCAUUAAUUUUUCUUUUAUCACCAGGUGUUGAUCCAGCACCAAAAUUACAACAAUUAGCCGAAGAUAAAAUGAUGGCAAAAUCUCGAUAUUAUACACUUUCAUUAGGACAAGGACAAGCACCAAGAGCAAGAAAAUUACUUGAAGCAGGCAUGAAAAAAGGUCAUUGGGUAUUUUUUGCAAAUUGUCAUUUAUCAAUUAGUUGGUUACCUGAAUUAGAUAAAAUUGUUGAACAAUUACAAACAGCUGCUGUUCAUAGUGAUUUUCGUUUGUGGUUAAGUUCUUCACCAACAAUAGAUUUUCCGAUUUCUAUUUUACAAAUUGGUCUCAAAAUUACCAAUGAACCACAAAAGGGUAUCAAAGCAAAUAUGAAACGUUUAUAUGAAUUAAUAACACCAGAACAAUUUCAACGAGUAAAACAAGAUGAAAAAUAUCGUAAACUUUUAUUUACAUUGACUUUUUUCCAUUCAAUUAUAAUUGAACGUAAAAAAUUUUUACAACUCGGCUGGAAUAUACAUUAUACAUUCAAUGAUUCAGAUUUUCAAAUUUCAGAAAAUUUAUUAGCUAUUUAUUUAGAUAUAUAUGACAAAACUCCAUUUGAUGCACUUAAAUAUCUUAUUGCAAUUGUUAUAUAUGGUGGACAUUGUACUGAUGAAUGGGAUAUGAGAUUAUUACAUACUUAUAUUGAUUCUUAUAUUCGUAAUGAAGUUCUCGAAGUUAUGUAUUAUAAAUUAUCUUCAUUACCAUAUUAUUAUAUGCCUCGUGAUGGUACAUUUAAAUUAUAUAAAGAUUUUAUUAAUUCGAUGCCUACAACUGAUCAUCCUGAAGCUUUCGGACAACAUCCUAAUGCUGAUAUUGCAUCACAAAUUCAAGAAUCAAAAACUUUGUUUGACACAUUGUUAGCUGUCUUACCACAAAAAUCAUCAGCUACUGUAGAAAAAGAAGUCGAAAAUGAGGUAGCUAAAGCAGCAAGUGAAAUGCUCAAAUUAAUGCCACAUCAAAUUGAUAUUGAAGCAGUCAAGAAAUAUAUGUUAAUUGACACAUCACCAUUAUCUGUUGUUCUUUUACAAGAAGCCGAACGAUACAAUGUACUUUUAUUGAAUAUCACUAUUGCAUUAAAUGAUCUACUUAAGAGUAUAGAAGGUUUAGUUGUUAUGACAGUUGAACUUGAUGAACUCUUCAAAUGUAUUUACGAAGGACGACUUCCAUAUGCUUGGCAACGAACCUAUCAAUCAUUAAAACCUCUUCCUACUUGGUUUCAAGAUUUACGUCAACGUAUAAAUUUUUUCAAUUCAUGGAUCGAAAGUCAACGACAACCUAUCAUCUAUUGGAUAUCGGCAUUUUCCUAUCCAACUGCUUUCCUCACUGCUGUACUUCAAAGAACAGCACGAAAAGAUCAGAUUGGUGUUGAUCAACUUUCCUGGGAAUUUGAAGUUAAUAAAACAGAUGAUAAAUAUCUUGCGGAUAUAGAUGAUGGUGUCUAUGUAACUGGAUUAUAUUUAGAAGGAGCUGGUUGGGAUCGAAAACAAGGAACAUUAUGUGAAGCAAAAUCUAUGGAACUUGUAACAUUAAUGCCAACAAUACAUUUUCGACCUGUUGAACACAAGAAAAAGAUGACUAGAGGUCUUUAUAUUGCUCCAUGUUAUUAUUCAUCUAUUCGAGUUGGAUCGUUUAUUGUUGCAGUUGAACUUAAAACAGGUUCUAUGCCAGCAGAACAUUGGAUCAAACGGGCAACUGCUUUACUAAUGAAUCUUGACAAUUAA